UGCACUAGCUGCACUGGCUGCACUGCGAACUGGGUUAAGCCAGCGACACACGAUGCUUGUUUACGUGCUGAAUUGCUUGCUAGAUGGAAAUAUUCUAUUCUGUACUUCCCGCUUUAGAUACUAUAUAAAGUCUAUGACUCAAAUAUAUGUCACGAAGCCGUGCAUUGAAAUUUUUGAUAUAUCCGACAUCGCAGCCACACCGAUUAAAUAAAAGAUGGAAUCUAAUAUACCAAAGAAAAUUCUAUGUGUGGGAGUCAUCUGUCUCGAUAUCGUCCAAACGUGCGAACAAUUCCCUUUGGAAGAUUCCACUGAAAGAUCUUCGGACUACCGAUGGCAAAGAGGAGGCAAUUCAUCCAAUUCUUGCACCGUGCUGUCGUUGCUAGGACAGCCGUGCGAACUUUUAGCUUGCACGUGCGCGGAUGAACAUGGGUCUUUUCUGCAAAAUGAUCUGCAUAAAUAUAAAAUUAAUUAUCGCCACUGUCCUAUAAUGCCGCUAAACUUUAGCUGUCCUAUUUCGACUGUUAUAUUGAGCUUAAGUACCGGAAGUCGUACAAUUAUAUACCACAGAGCAUCCAACUUUCCGGAAUUAACGUUCAAGGAUUUCGAGGCUCUUGAUUUAGAGGAAUAUAGUUGGAUACAUUUUGAGGGGAGGAAUUUGGACCAAGUGUUAGCUAUGAUAAGACGCGUAAAAAAUUAUAAUGACUUAUUAAACGACACGCACGAUCGAGAUAUCAAAAAUCGUGAUUCGCCAAUUAUGAUUAGUGUAGAAUUAGAACGUCCCAGCCCGGAAUUAUUGGAUCUGUUGCCGCAUGCUGAUGUAGUAUUCGUAUCGAAAGAUUUCGCCAAGAAUCAAGGUGUUGAAAGUAUGAGCGAGAUGUUAAACAAUAUCGGCCCGAACGUUAAAUCGAGAGCGGCUAUUAUUUGCACCUGGGCAGAGAAGGGUGCAAUAGCAUGUAUCGCAAGUGGUAACGUAGUGCAAUCUCCAGCUUUUCCUCCGCGAAAAGUAAUGGACACUUUGGGCGCAGGUGAUACAUUUAACGCAGCUGUACUGUACUACUUAAACAGAAGUAAAGCAGAGUUUGCAAAUAAAUGCUGCAAUGUAAAAAAUUUGGAAUACGCCCGAAUGGAAUUUAUUGACGAAACGGUUCUGCAAAAGGCUAUUACAUUUGCAUGUCGUAUCGCUGGCGCAAAAGUAGGAUUACGAGGUUUUGACGGGCUUGAUCAAAUUUAUCUUAAUUUCUUGCAGGAUUCGUCAGUAGAUUAAUCGAAAUUAUUUUUAUGCACGCUAUAUGUUUUAUUUUAUAUAGUAACAUGGAUUUCCUCAUACAUAUGCAUGUAUGUAUGUAUAUAUGUAUAAAAUAAUGUUAUACUUUUAUAAAAAAACUUACAUGUAGUGUCACAUUAAAUUCAAUACUGUUGUAUUCAUUGAUGUUUUCACUCAUUUAUAUUUUAUCUACAACGAUAAUGUGUGCAACAUCGGAAGAAAAUGUUUUAAAUAAAUUUAUUAUAAAAAAAUGAA